GCAAGACUAUUCCCCCUCUUUGAAAUUUCAAAGUUUAAGGGCUUUUUAUUGGUUUACACUUUUCACUCUCUUUUUGAUUUAACAAUAAAAAAGUAAAAAAAAAAAGUGCCCCAUUUCUUUACUCAAAAAAAAAAAAAAAUCUCUUUUUCGUUAACCCUAGCAAAACAUGCAGCCGCCACUGUAACUCAACGACCCCGCCGCUUCAUCCUCCGCACCGCCGCGACGGCAUCGUCUCUAUCCCCAAUCAACCACCUAGGUAUGUGCAUAACCACCUGAAUGAUCACUUUAUAUAGUCACAUAUCGCCACUCCAUGCAAGCGCACCAACAAUGCACCCUUCCCGUAGAUUCGUUCUCCGUUUCUUCCCUAUCCUAAACCAAUUCCGUUCAUUCUCUUCUUCACCGCAAGAACUUGAACAUGCUCUUACUGCAUUAGUAGAAUCCAAAAACUAUGUCAAAAUCCCCGAUUUCAUUACCAAUGAAUUCUCACAAUCCCAAUCCCAAAUUUCAAACCCUUUCAAAUUUUUAUCUUCUUUUCCGCAUAAUUUACAAAUUCAAAUGGUUGAUGAAAUGUUGCAGUCUUUUAUACCUAUCAGACCACGCUAUAAGCCCAAGCUAGCUUACUCUUAUCUUCUGUCUUACAUUCUCCAAACUCCUCAGCCAUUCCCUCUUGCACUUGCUGUUUUACAACGGACUUUACGUUCUGGUUGCUUACCAGUUCCUCAGACUCAUGUACUUCUCUCGUCUGCUUGGCUCAACCGGCGGCAAUGUGGGUCGGAAUCUUCUGUAGCUGGUAUUUUACUUGAGAUGCAAGCAAUUGGGUAUUAUCCUGACUGUGGUACUUGUGGUUAUAUAGUUUCGUGUCUUUGUGCUGUUGAUGAAUUAGCGGAGGCGGUUAAUGUUGUGAAGGGUAUGAGUGGAGCAGGGUGUAUUCCUGAUUUGAAUUGUUUUGGGGUUGUGAUUAGUGCAAUGUGUAGAGUUAAAAGGACUGUUGAUGGAUAUGAUUUAAUGAAGGAAAUGGUGGUGAAGUAUGGGUUGACGCCGGAUCAUGGAACGGUGGUGAAAUUGUUGGCUGCUUUACGGAGGAACAAAGAGAUAUGGAGAGCGGUUGAGGUGAUUGAGUUUCUGGAGAAGGAAGGGAAUGAUGUUGGGUUUGAGAGUUAUGAGAUGGUGAUUGAAGGUUGUUUGGAGAGACGUGAGUAUGUUUUGGCAGGGAAGGUUGUGAUGGGGAUGACUGAAAGAGGUUUUAUACCAUAUAUUAAGGUGAGGCAGAAGAUAAUUGAUGGGUUGGCGAGUGUUGAUGAGUGGAAGAUGGCUUGUGCUGUGAGACAAAGAUUUGCGAAACUUAAAUCUUAGCUGUUGAAUUGUUUACAGUGAGGAGGGUUUUGGUUUUUAAGCUGAACAAGUGACUAUUGCAAAGACACGUACCGUCUGUGUUACGGUGUCAUUAUUCUUUUCUCGAUGGGAAUGCUGUGAUAGAGGAUUGCAGCUCAAGGAUCUUAGAUUUGCAAAUCAUUUGGAGGUCAAUUUUCCUAUCAUGCUGCUUAAUGCUUGACAGGGUAGGUAGCAUCCAUGGCAAUGCCACAAGUUCCAUCUUUAUCCUUAAUAUCACGCUUCAUCCUAACAUAACCCGAUUCACCCCAGUCGUUUGCCCAUGAAUUUUUGACAAUCCAAUACUUUUCACCAUUUUUUUCUCCAUACCCAACUAUAGUCAUACCAUGAUUGAGGUCCUUUCCACAACUUCCAGAGAAUACUCCUUUUGAAUAAAAUUGAAAUGCAUAGCCUCCGGCAUCGGUUGCAACGGAAACAGGCUGAUGGGCAACUGCAGCUUUUAGCAUUUUCUCGUUGUGAGCAGGGCUUGCGCUUGCAGUUAUCCAUAGGUUGCACACGACAACAAGAUUGAGGAUAACAAUGGUUAAUAUUAUGAUCAUCUUCAUCUCCAAUUCUUAAUGCAUAUAGUGAAUGAUAGCAUUAGCAUUAAUUGGUAUUUAUUAUCUUAAUGUCUUGUUUAUUUUAUUUAUUUAUGUAUGCAUUACAAUGCAUAUUAAUUUCUGUUUAAGAGACGUUUCAUUUGCAUAUUUAUGUAUUUAUUUCCAUGUGUUUGGUGCUUGAGAGUUUUUAGCAAGACAAGAAUUGUGUAUCUCAUGUUCUGUGCAUGACCAUAAUGAAGACGCACAUGUCUUGUUAAGAAUUUUCCAUAAUUUAGGCAGUUUCAGUUGGUGUGAAUAGUUAAUUCUUGUGUUGGCUUAUUGAAUGGAUUUAAAUUGAACAAAUGACUCAAUUAUAGUCCGCAGUCACCCAAGAGCACUUGGAUGAGAUGAAAAAGGAUCUCUUUCCUCUUAACCAGAGGUAUUGAGUUUGAAUUCAAUUGUUAAAUUUUUUGAGUGAGACCAGAGGUAUUGAGUUUGAAUUCAAUUCUAAGCAUGCAGCAGUGUUAAAUUUUUUUGAGUGAGACCAGAGGUAUUGAGUUUGAAUUCAAUUCUAAGCAUGCAGUAGUGUUAAAUUUUUUGAGUGAGAGUUUUGUCGUCUAUUGUGGAUCUCUCUCUGGCGCAAGAUGCACUGGUCUUCUAAUAGAGUUAAAGAAUGUUCGUUUUUCUUUAUAUUUUUCAUUUCUAUUUGAUCGCUAGUACAUUGAAUCUACAAACCCAUGUUUGUCUAAAGUUAAUGUCAUCUCAAUUUCUCAAAAAAAUAUUGAACUUCUUUUUCUUAGUCACAUUGGUAAGAUAUCCCACUCAACAUGCCUAAGAACUUAAAGAUGCCCUUAAUUAUAAUAUUAAACUCCACGAAGGUGCUCUUAAUCAUGUGCUAUGUCAAACUUUUAUCUCCUUAUAAAACUAAAUUAAUUCAAGUUAAGAUAAGAUGAUGGAAGAAGGUACUUAGAAAGACAUAUAUGCACAUUCUCAUAGAGAGAAAGAGAGCAUAUACCCUACAUGUGGGAAUGGUUUGGGGACAAAGCAAAGAAAGCAUAUAGUGCAUGGAAACAAUUCACAUGGGAGCAUAACAUGAUCUUCACUAUAACCCCUAACUUUUCCCUCUCUUUCACAGCUCAUACCCCAAAUCCCACAAGUCCUCACAAUUCUACACGUCACACCCCAUGCAUUACACAUUCUGAUUCUCGCAUCCAUGCAGUAAGUUACAUCAAUGUUUGAUUGAGAUCGGACGGUGUAAAUUAAAAAAAAACUUUAAAACCUAAACCGAACAAUCUAAACCGAACAAUCUUGUUCCAAAAACUUAAAAUCAACUUUAAAACCCAAAACCUAUAUAUAAUAUCAAUCAAACAAUCACUAAAAUUUCAAAUUACACUAAUAGAAAAAAAAAUCAUGUAUUAACCACUACACUCAUUAUAAAAAAUAUCUUAUAGAUGCACAUGGUCGUUGUUCUCC